AGACACAGCGACUCCUCCCUCUGGUUGUUCCCACCCUCCCUCUCGCACGCACGGACGUCGGCGACUCCGGUGUCCCCUUCCCGACCACCGCCGCCGCCGCCGCCCACCUCCUCCUCCGGCGGACGCGGGGGAUGGCGGAGAGGGGAUCGAGGGGCUUCUCCGCGGCCUCCAAGGGGAAGGCCAUCGCGUCCAAGAAAGAUCUACCAAUGAAUGUUUUUACAGGUUCACUUAGGCAAAACAGCUCUGCCAAUAUCCCGCAUGUUAAUAUUGAUUCCGAUUCUGAUUCUGAAGGUUUCGUGGAAGAACUGCCUCGUGUCAACUCUAAAACAAAUGGGAAGGCUGCAUCUGAGAGCCUAAAAACUGGCGGGAAGGCCUCAUCUAAAGGACAAACUGGCAAAGGAGGGAAUGCUGGCAAAGGUGGAAAGGGUUCUGCAUCAGCUCGAGUUUCUGCAAAGUCUGAUGCAGAGCUAAAGCUUGAGCUCGAUAUGCCUCCAAACUCUUGCAUUUUAAUGAAUUGUGAAGUAGCAGAACUAUUGCAAGAAAUUCAUGAGCAUAUGGCUAUCUUAUCAGAGGAUCCAAAGAUCAAAAUUCCAGAGUCAUUUGAUAAGGCUUUCCAAUAUGUGAAAGAAGGAAAUCAGUUUUCCACCGCACAGUCUGUGAAACAAGUCCUAGACCCUCUUAGAAAAUAUGGUGUUAGUGAUGGAGAGAUGUGCUUGAUAGCGAACGUUGGACCUGAGACCAUUGAAGAGGUUUAUGCGCUAGUACCAUCCCUGAAGGCCACUAGAUCACUCAACGAAAGUCCCAUCAUGGAGGCUCUCACUGCGCUUGCUGACAUAAAAGCUGCUAAGUGAAUCUCCAGUGAAGCUAUGCCGAUAUGUUGUGGAUCAAGAAAUGGAGAUUCGCAACUUGCGUUUGUCUUUAAUGUUCUGAAUGUUUUGUCAAAUCAGGUUGCGCUGUGUAUGCAAAAAAAAACAACCAAGUGCCAUGUGCACUUUACUUAUCUAGGUCUGAUAGGUUGAACCUGAGUUCAGAGACUACCGUAUCUAACUGCAAAUGUUGCUAGAAAUGGCUGAAGUAGCCUACUCAGAAUUGCUAAUUGCUAACCUUGGGGUAACUGGCUUAAACAAUGAGAUGGUUCUUUUGGGUUUUUUAGCCUCUA